AUGUAGCAGUCGGUAAGAGCGAGACAAGCAUGAAAGCUCUGUCAUGGACACUCAUGAACUUGGCUACUCUCUCCACCACACUUUAUCUCAUUCAUGUAUUCCCAGAGAUCAACCACAUACCAAAUCCAUUGGGAAUAGGAAUGGUUCCAAGGAAUCAAGUGAGUGCUGAGCAAGUGGAGAGUUUUAUGGCCCAAGAAAGAGGCAAGAGGAGAGAACUCCUCCACAAGUUCCUCCAAUCAUGCUCUAAUUCCAAGGUUAAGGUAGACACCAUCCUGAUUGAGAGUGACUUAGUUGCAAAGGCUAUCCUCGACCUAAUUCCAAUUCUUCAGAUAAGAAAUUUAGUGAUCGGAGCCAACAAAUUCCAUCUAAGAAAAUCAAGAUCAAGGAAAGGGAAUGGCGUAGCCCAUCAGAUAUUGCACAAUGCACCACAAAGUUGCAAGGUGAGAAUUAUAUGUGAAGGAAAGGAAGUAAAUGAGGAGAUGAUGUCACCUCCUCCACAGACGCUUACAGCUCGAACCUCUGCUAAUGACACUUCCAUGACCAGAAUUAAUGAAGAAGAUCAACAACAUGAUUCGGUUUCAUGUAUUUGUUUCAAACCAAAGUUUAGAUGAUUACUGUGUGUAACUGAAUUGCAGCAACUUAAGCGGAUACGU